UUACACGCAUACACGCUCACACUGUCUCAAGGCAAUUCAUAACCUUUCUAUUCCGAGUCUGCCGGUCUUGCGGAGUCAGCGUGUUGGUGAGAGGGGUUGGCGGAACUUCUUGCGUUUACAUUCAGUCGAUUCUACGAUUCUACAAAUUCCAUCAAACAAUUGCGUAACGAAUUACGCAAUUGUUUAACGUGUAUUAUCUGUAUUAGCAAUGUUUCGAUUAUUCACUUCACUUCGUCAACGAAGUGGAACACUGCUUGCUACCGUGCCUUCUUCGCUGACAAAAACUGAUAAUACAUCGCUAGCAAAGAAUGCUCGCAAUUUUACUGUGAGUUCAAAGCUACUCAAUGAUGGGCCACAGAUUCAAAAACCUGCUCCAGAUUUCUCCGGUACCGCAGUAGUUAAAGGUGAUUUCAAGACCAUCAAACUCGACGAUUACAAGGGAAAAUAUGUCGUUCUGUUUUUCUAUCCAUUAGAUUUUACAUUUGUUUGUCCAACGGAAAUCAUUGCAUUUAGUGAUAAGAUCUCGGAGUUUGAAGCUCUGAAUACACAAGUGAUUGGAGUCUCAACAGAUUCGCACUUCAGCCAUCUGGCAUGGAUUAAUACUCCGAGGAAGCAAGGUGGUCUUGGUGGAGACUUGGGCUAUCCUCUCUUGAGUGAUUUUAACAAGACAAUAGCGAGCAAAUAUAAUGUUUUACUACAAGAUUCUGGAAUUGCACUCCGAGGUCUGUUCAUCAUAGAUAAGGAAGGAAUUCUUCGUCAAUUUUGCGUCAACGAUCUUCCUGUUGGCAGAAGCGUCGAAGAAACAUUAAGAUUGAUUAAAGCUUUUCAAUUUGUUGAAAAACAUGGUGAGGUAUGUCCCGCAAACUGGCAACCAGAUUCUAAAACUAUCAAGCCAAAUCCGAAAGAUAGCAAAAAAUAUUUUGAAUCGGUUAAUUAAGCAUGCAUUUAGAGAUUUUAUUUGCAAGGGAUAAACACAAUAUAUUAUAUGAAUAUUCACAAAAUGUAAUAUAAAUAUUCUAGAUUAUGAUGUAAUGUAAUGUAUAGCUUUAAUGCAAUGCAAUUUAAUACAUUAGAAUUAAUAUCUCACUUGUUUAUAUAAAAUUAAUAAAAUUUAAAAAAUUAUA